CGAAGUAGCCACGGCCGCGCAGUUUUACCCCUUUAAACACACGAUUCCACCACUCAUCCAAGAAAUACAAGGUUACAGCUGUGUGCUGGUAGUGAACGUGUGGUGCAGCAGGCCAGUCUUGGCAGCAUGGUGAAGGCCCAGAAGUCAGCUGGGAGGAAGAGCUCUCACUGUCUCCGCAGACAGCUCCCACAGAGUGGUGGUCAGACAGAGAUGGAGGAAGGCCAGCUCCAGUCAGACACCCAGCAUCCACCACAGGCGCAGCCCCAUGGAGGAGACCAGUCCUCUGAUCCAGCGCAACUCCAGACCUCUGCUUCUGCUGAGGCUCUAUCUGAGAACUGGGAUGAGAAGGAAACUCCAAUGGACGUCCCGGAAAAAGGUGACUCUGCGUCCCAGGCCAAGCCUCUGUGGAAGCCCAUUCCCCCUCUGCUGCCUGAGCCCGAGAACCACAGGAGCACUGCCACUGAGACCAGGGACCAGAGCUGCCAGACUGAGGAGAAGCUUCAGCAGACCAGCGCCAGUCAUAACAAAGGUUUCUGUGUGGAGCCUGGAGAUCCUCCUCUGCUCCAGCAGCCUUUACAAACUUCCAAGUCUGGGAUUCAGCAGAUAAUUGAAUGCUUCCGCUCAGGCACCACCCAGCUGAAACACAUGCUGCUGAGGGAGGUGGACACCAUCUUUGAGUGUAAACUGUGUCGCAGUCUGUUCAGAGGCCUGCCCAACCUCAUCACGCAUAAAGAGUACUACUGCCUGUCACGGCUGCCCGAUUCCGACGGUUCGCCGGGCGACGACAGGCAGAGUGUUGCCAUGAAGGAUUUAUUGGACGCCAUAUAUCCCAGAGUCGACCGACCAGACUACGUCGUCCGUCUGGAGCCCAUUCAGACCACUAGCAAGGCCGUGUUCCAGUACCUCACCACGGAAGAGGAGCUGGCGAGAUAUCCAUCACACACACCCAGUGCCAGAGAGAGCCCGGUAGCAUGGGAAGGAGAACCAGUGGAGGGUGCGGACAACAACCAGGCGAGCCAGCGAGGUGGGCCAGAGAGCCACAGCAGCCCGGGACACAACCAGGGACAGAGGAGAAGGGAGGCUGAGGAGGAAGCUAAAGAAGAGCAGCCGCAGCCUGAAGACGAGGGGUCCACUAGUGGGGUUGAGGACGUGACAAUCUCCUGCUGCCUGUGCGGUCAGGACUUUAACUCGCGCCGCAGCAUCAGGCGUCACUGCCGCAAAAUGCACCAGACCAAACUGGAAGAGCUCCGCAAGUUCACAGAGACGCGGACAGUUCCCACAAGUCUGCUCUCUAUGGUGAAAGGUCGGCCGAGGACUCUCAGCACACCUACUGGAAAAUCCUGCCCAGUGUGCCUCAAAACCUUUGCUACUAAAGCCAACGUGCGCCGUCACUUUGACGAGGUGCAUCGUGGUCUGCGGAGGGACAACAACACACCCAACAUUGCCUCGCGGCCCGGCCAGCCCUUCCCCCUGGAGGUCACGCCUCCCAGGAAGAGCAACAAUUCCUCUCCAACACGUGGCCACAACUCCAAGACCACCCCCGUGAACUCUAAAGCGGCGCCUUCAAACCAAAACCAAGCCAAACCUCAGACUCAGCUCCCAGCCUCUCCACAGGCGAACCCGGCCUCAUGCCGCUGCACGCUCUGCAAGAGGAACUACAGCUCUCAGCUCAUGUUGAAGAGGCACAUGCGUAUUGUCCACAAAAUAUACAGCAUCAAAAGUAACAGGUCUGCUCCCACGCCGACCCCUGCUACGACAGCAGCUACUCCUAACAGCAGCAGCGCCAACGUAGGCCCGAGCAACAACAUCCGAGUGAAAGAGGAGGCAGUGGAGCCGUCAGACGAAGACGAGGACGAGGACAUCGACAGCAGCCCGGCCCCGUCUCCGAGUGAUAGCACUGGGGCAGCCAAAGGUGUUUCUGUGGCACACAACGCCAUGAAGGUGAAGGAGGAGGAAGCCCCGUCGAGCCCAAAGAUGAUGUUGUCCUUAUCGUCGUCGUCGACGUCAUCUUCCCGCGGGGGCAGCAUGUGCAGCGGGGGCGUGGUGGCCAAAAUGACCAAACUGUCAGUGGGAUUUGACUUCAAGCAGCUCUUCUGCAAACUGUGCAAGCGACAGUUCAGCUCCCGUCAGAACUUAACAAAGCACAUCGAGCUGCACACGGACGGCAACGACAUCUUCAUCAAGUUUUACCGCUGCCCUCUCUGUCGCUACGAGUCACGUCGCAAACGUGACGUCCUGCGCCACGUGACUGUAGUCCACAAGAAGUCGUCUGCAUACCUCGCCAAGAUCAUGCCCAAACUGGAGAGCAGGGCGGUGAAGAGGCUCGCCGAGGUCGUCCUCAACAGCACCAGCCCAAACAAGAGGACGAGCAGCAGCGUCAAAGAGGAAGUGAACGGACGCCACGCCUCUUCGUCGUCCUCCUCCUCUCCUUCGCCUCCCGUCACGCGCAAACAAGAGUGCGCCACACCUGCCCCGACCUCCUCCUCCUCAGCUUCCGCCGCGUCCUCUUCCUCCGCCCCGCCUCCUGCCCCCGUCACUCGAAAGCAGCAGGACCUCUCAUCGCCUGCGUUCACCCCCUCCCCCCCUGUCACGCGUAAGCAGGAGAGACAGCAGACCAACCAGCAUCCCCCCGCCAGCCCACCACUGACCCGCCGCAGUGAAAAACACACACACCAACGCAACUCCUCCUCCUCCUCCGCCACCCCGCCCGGCAACCAACCACCACACACCCGGCGGCACGAUGCCCAGUCAGAGAGAGAGAGCAGCACCACAGGGACGUCCUCCACUGAAGUCAGGGUGACCAAGAAUUUCUCACUCCACGCCUGUGACCAGUGUGGACGAGCCUUUGCUAAGAAGCUGUACCUGGAGUCUCACAAGCGAAGCCAUCGUAACGCAGCAACAGCAGCAGCCAGCAGGAGGAAAGGAGUCAGCACCCGCUCCAAAUCCCUGGUCUGGUGAAAGACUCAGUUCCGCCGGGGAUAAAGGACCAGCGAGCUACUAACAGUGAAGAAGUGAAUCAAAACUUUCAAUUGGAAAAAUAAUGGGCGAAUGGAACGAGCACAGAGCAGAGAUGAAGGAAACAAACACGUCAGGAGUGAAGUACAAAGGAUUUUCCUCCUUUUGCUUCAGAACCAAAUAUAUUGUUGGAAUCUGCCUUUUUUUUUUUUUUUGUAUAGUUUCAUUAUGAAGCCAGCCUGCUUGCUGGACGGUGGCGCUGCUAUCCACGGAGAGACUGCUCACUACUGCUGUAUAUAUCUGUAUUUACUUACCACAGUAUGUAAAUAUAGAUCCAUAUGCAGAUGACUGAUUUGUACUGCUUUGCUCUCGGUAAAACCGCCUAUAGCAAACGGAUGAAGACUAUGGAAGUGUGUGUGUGUGUGUGCGUGCGUGCGUGUAUGUAUGUGCGUGCGUGCAUGUGAGAAAGAGGACGGGAAUCAGAACUGGAUCGUGGCCUCCACAGGAAACAGACUGGAAAGAAACUUCUUGAUUUCUUGAUCUUACACGAAUACACAACAUGUAUUUGGGUCCUUCAACUAUCAACAGUUCAAAUCAGUUACACAGUUUAUUUGAUGUAUUCAAAACCACCUGCGCAACAUAACCAUAGAUCAACAGAUCAUAUGAAACACUGUUGUUUCCUGCUAUCUAACACAGAGAACCCGUCAAAGUGUUUCCCACCUGCCUUAGAGUUGAAGGUCACCUUUAUCUUCUCAUGUAAAUGUUUCCUAUUUGUAUUAUUCCUCACACUAGCAGCCCAUAGUCUUAUUUAGUAGUCUGUUUUAUCUGCUCUGCAGUGACCAACAACAGGCUCUGGGGGCCAUGUCUUGUAUUAGAUGAUCAAAUGUUCAUAAAUUACAAGGGUAUUCUCAAAAGUUAGGAAGAGCCCAGGGUAUAUUUGCAGUUUUUUUUUUUCCCAAGAAUUGUGUGUGCACUUUUUCUAAUACCACGUCUAUCAAUUUCCAGUGGUCACUGGUGUUUCCUUACAUUUCACUGUUAUUUUCUGCCUUCUCUGCUUAGACUGAUUGCAUGCUUGUGAAGGGUGUUUCCUAUACCUUGACCAUACCUGACCAUACCUCUAUAUAUUAGCUAACUUAUUAGCCCCAGAAGUAGCCUGGUUAUAUGGGAACCAUCAGGCUACGAGAAGCAAGGCUUCAAUAAUGCAUCAGUCACAAAUUAAAUAGGCUGAACAUGAAUCUUCUUUAGCGUUUUAUUUUAGAACAUGAUGCUGUGACAGACAAAGCAUACCCUAUGUGGUUGUGUUAAUGUGGGAGAGUUCAGGUUAGUGAGCAGGAAAUAUGGGACUGCCCAUGUUAUGAGGAAUAAUGUGUGUUUGGAUGCAUAUAUUUGCAGACAGGUCACCUUUGGUGUAACAGCCACACUGCUACAGACAUUAGGAACCAGUAUCUGGAAGACUUUAUUUUCUGAAGGGAGAUAUCACACCGAUAAUCACCAAGAUGAUGGUGGUGGUGGUCAGACGGCAGUCCUCACACAGUGUUACUGCACCGUGCAGCACAUCUAUUGCUGUAAUGCUUGUAGUCACUUUUUGGCCAGUCAGGGCUAAAAUCAAAACUGAUAAACAGUGCAGUAUCACAGCAACGUGGGAGCUAGUGAGUUCUUGCGAAGCAGACGUGGCUAUCUCAACUUGAAGCAGCCGCAGGCAUGGCGGGUUUGGGACUCUGCUAUUGGCGCUGCUAAUAUUGAUCAUAAAGGGCCAAAAUGGGAAAGCUGCCUCUUCUAAGCUAAACACUUCACUUCCUCUGAUUUAAAAGUUUACAUUAAACUUUUUGUUCCAUUAACAAGAACUGCAGGGGCCUGUUCAAUUAAACUUUGUGAACGUUUCUUUUUAACCUUACCAACAUGAUCUCCUUUUUUUUUUUUCUUUUUUGACUAAAUGCUGCAUCAGUUCCUUUCAAAAUGAGCUUUCAUGUACUCAAAGUUAAGGGGGUUGCAUUUGUUUGAUCACAGCUCCCAAGGUAGUCUUUGAAACACUGGCACAUGAGGAGAGGGGGAAGGAGAGGAUUGAGGAAGACCAAAUGUAGAUAAUGUCUUAAUGUUCAAACAGAAAGCCAUGAAAUGGAACAAAAGCAGAAAUAAAAAAAAAAGACCAAACUUUAUUUUUAUAACUGAAAACGCUAAUGCGACAAGGUCUUGAGAACAUGUAUAUAUGGGUUCAUCCUACAGAGACGGUAUAAAAUAAUAGUUAUAAUAGUCACAAUAGUUAUUGACUUGUAUUAACUGUUGGUUGACCAUAUGCUUCAAACAUGUCUGACUACUUACUCUGUCACUGUUUAAUACUGAGGCAAGUUUGCGUUGUUCCACGAUUAGUUGUCUUUUUUUUUUUUUUUGUAUCAUUCCUUUUUAAAGAGGACGUUUUUGUUGGGAUGUCGAGAAGAGACCAGGAAUCAAACCUCAAGAGACUCUUUGGAUUUUUUAUUUUGUCAUUUCUUUAAUCAUCAGUUGUAAUAUGUUAUUAAGCUCACAUUCUAGAGAUCCUAAGAAGAGUUAGAGAAGCCUUUCAGAUGUGACGAGAAUGUUAAAACCAACCACUUAAUAAAUAAAAAUGUACUGCUUCAA